ACAACGGACGCAGCGGGAGGGACGCUCGCUCCGGGGUCACGUGGCGCCGCCAUGGCGCCUCCCCCCGCCCGCGUGUUCGCCGAGCUCGGCCCUGAGCGGGCCUUGGUGGAACGCGGCGGGUCCCCGGUGCCGCCGCCCGGGCGGGAGGUGCGUGUAAGCGGCAGCGCGGAGCUGAGCGCCGGGCCGGACCGCGCGCGGGUGUCGGUGCGCCUGGGCAGCCGGAAGGAGGCGGCGGAGGCGGCGCGGAGCAGCGUCACUCGGCGGCUCGAGUUCAUCGCGCACCGCGCGCGGCUCCGCGGCGUCACGGAAGAAAAUAUGACUAUAACGGAGGAUUUUAGCAGAGUAGAAAAUACUUACCAAAUGGAAGCAGAGGUCUGUAUUACAUUCAGCGAUUUUGGAAAAAUGCAGAAAGUUUGCAAUCUACUUAUUGAAAAGUUAGGAACCUCUGUUACCAUCAGUCCACCUCAUUUCUACCAUACACCAGAAGCUCUAGACACUCUUCGCCGCCAGGUAUGCGUUGCUGCUGUUCGAAACACAAGGCGGAAAGCUCAAGAAGUCUGUCAACUGUUUGGCCAGUCACUGGGAAAACCUUUAUUAAUAAGAGAAGAAGAAACAAAAGAAUGGGGAUGCCACAUAGACAGUCCUGUAUCGAACUCCCCAGAUUCACUGACUCUGCAGGAAAGAAUCCAGAAUGCUACUGCUUAUGCUUCUUGUAGAGUGUUUGCUGUGUUUGAGAUACGGGGAAAAGAACACAAAAGAAACAAGUUGCUUUAGAAACUUUCAAAUACUACACAUUUUCUUAAUAAAC